AUGCAUAGCAUAUCAUGGCUGCAACCAGAAGAGUGUGAUAAUUCCAAGAAAUUUCAACAUUUAUCAUCAAAACGUUCGAAAUUUCAAAAUAAAACCGCGAAAAAUUUAUUGAAAAACGACAUAGAAAGUGGAAAUAAAUCAAAGUCGAAUGUAAUGGAGGCUGAAUUGGCAUUGGAUGAACGUACGACACGGGUGGAAAUGUUGAAUGAUUUUGGAUUAGAACGAUUGUUAACAACAACAACAUAUAAUGAUAAUCGAUAUUUACUGGAACUAUUAUCCGGAACAAUGCCACCAAUCGGAAAUUCAAGAAUGAACAAUAGGCCUAAUAAACAUAUCGGUUGUGAAAAGCUCGAGAGGCAUGUUUUGCAUGAUUAUUGA